AAUAGUUAUAUUCCUCCAGAUUUAAAUAUAAAAAGUGUUUUUUUUUCUGAAUCACCGGAAAAGUGCUGCGUUUUUUUUUCUGCAGUCGUGACAACUUUCGGCGCAUGUAGAGAGGACCAAAAUUGGUACUUUUCAAAUUGCUUAUUGCUGGAAUUCGAGCGAAAUAACGAUGGAUCAGAACCAAUCGCCGACUUUCGGAAAGCAUGAAAACCCCUGGUGGUCGGGUUACCUGAAGCCAAUUGCAUCUGGAGUCUCAUGGACAUCAAAUGGAACGUACGAACUCAUCCAUCAGCAAUUUAUUCCUUGCAUUGACAGUCAAUUGCGAGAUUCGACAGCGUUGCAAAUCGGAGAUGUGCAUUUGAGAGUGCAUGAAACACAAUAUCGCAGUUGGCACCAGCCGAUUCUCUCUCCUGGCUGUUCUGAAAAACGAGAUUCCGCGCCAACAACCUCAAGUGGGAUGAAAAAAAAUCUGUAUAAUAGUGCCAAGAUCCAAUUUGUCCUGAUCGAAGCUGCGGCCUAUAUUUACGUGCGGCCUACAUAA